CCCGGAGCGCUGCCUCAUUGGCCGUGUUGGUGUCGCGCGCGCUCCCCGUGUUUGUGGCGAGUGGCAUUGCACCAUCUGUGAGCUAACGGCGUGCCACCUUUCUCCUAAAUCAUGAGGUUGUCUACCGUAUUUCGAAGUGCCUACAGGAGUUUUCCUACUGGAUCGGUCAGCCGAUCCCGGUCCGGGAUAAGGGCUUUGGGGUCUGAGAGGAGAUCUGCGCCCCUAGGGAGCUACAGCUUUCUCCCCAUCAGGGAUGUGAGCUCCGACGGGAGCGGCUCGGCUGGACCGGCAGUGCGCCUCGGGAACCGCCGGGACCACACUGGGAGCCCGGGGGAUGAAGCAGCCAUCAGAGAAAUCAUCCAGAAGUCCAAAGAGGAGAUUGCCUCGCUGCAGACGCGACAUCCCAUGUUCAAGCCGGUGCUUGCCAUCGUACAGGCAGGCGAUGAUGACAGCUUAUUGGAAAUGAACAAGGAGAUUGCUGCUAAAAUUGGAUUAAAUGUUAUCCAUAUCUGCCUGCCAAGUGAAUGCACUGAAGAUGAGAUUGUCAAUGAAAUCCUCAAACUGAAUGAAGACCCUAAAGUUCAUGGGCUGGUCCUGCAUCUACCUGCAGGAUCUCGGAGCAGCAAAGUCCUGAACACAGUGAAGCUGGAGAAGGAUGUGGAUGGGGUGACGGACUUGAAUGUGGGAAGGCUGGUCCGUGGAGAUGUGAAUGAGUACUUUGUUCCCCCGACAGCCAAUGCAGUAAUGGAGCUGCUUGGAAGAUCUGAUUCAUCAUUGGAAGGAAAGACGGUAGUGAUAGUUGGGGAGAAUGGACCUCUUGAAAUCGCCCUUCAGUGCCUCAUUCAGAGGAAGGGUGGAGUAGCCUUGAGCAGUGUCUGGAAGGCUGAUAUGCUUCCCAAACAGUUUCAGCAGGCUGAUGUAGUGGUACUGACCAGUGAAAAACCAGCAGAGAUUUCUCUCAGUUGUUUGAGGCCAGGAUCAGCAGUUAUCAACUGUUCUCCUACUGUAGUGUCAGAGGAGAGUAAAAGCCAGCCUCAGUGUCUGGCUGUAACUAUGGAGACGGAAGUGGAGGCCUUGGCUGCUGCUCUUAGGAUGCAGAAUGUUGUCGCGAGUGGCCGUAGGUGGGUCGACCAUCAACAGUACAGGCACUGGAAUCUUCGAUGCCUUAAGCUCCAGCCCCUGUCUCCUGUACCCAGUGACAUCGAGAUUUCCCGGGGCCAGACUCCAAAGGCAAUCGACCUGCUUGCCAAAGAGAUCGGGUUGCUGGCAGAUGAAAUUGAAGUGUAUGGAAGAACGAAAGCCAAAGUGAGAUUAUCUCUCCUGGAGAGAUUGAAAGAGGUGCCAGAUGGGAAAUACGUCCUUGUGGCAGGGAUAACUCCCACCCCCCUGGGGGAAGGAAAAAGCACAGUGUCCAUUGGCCUGGCCCAGGCUCUCACUGCCCACCUGAAGGUCAACUCCUUUGCUUGUUUGAGGCAGCCUUCUCAAGGGCCCACCUUCGGUGUGAAAGGGGGAGCGGCAGGAGGUGGCUACGCUCAAGUCAUUCCAAUGGAGGAGUUCAAUCUUCACUUGACGGGAGACAUCCAUGCAAUCACAGCGGCCAACAACCUGUUAGCAGCAGCAAUUGAUGCCAGGGUUCUUCAUGAAGCAACUCAGUCGGACAAGGCAUUGUACAACAGACUUGUGCCUUCUGUCAACGGAGUCAGAAAGUUCUCCUCCAUACAGAUUGCCAGAUUGCAACGACUGGGCAUCAACAAGACGGACCCUGAGAGUUUGACCCCGGAGGAGAUUAACUCGUUUGUACGCCUUGACAUUGACCCCUCGACUAUCACAUGGCAGAGAGUUGUAGAUACAAACGACCGGUUCUUAAGGAAAAUAACCAUUGGUCAGGCAAACACUGAAAAGGGACACAUUCGUCAGACUCAGUUUGACAUCGCCGUUGCCAGUGAGAUCAUGGCCAUCCUGGCCUUGACAGACGGGUUGGCUGAUAUGAAAGUGAGACUUGGCAAGAUGGUGGUUGGCAGUGACAGGAAAGGUCAGCCAGUGACAGCAGAUGACUUGGGUGUAACUGGAGCUUUAGCUGUUCUGAUGAAGGAUGCCAUUAAACCAACACUAAUGCAGUCACUGGAGGGAACACCGGUGUUUGUGCAUGCUGGUCCUUUUGCAAACAUUGCGCAUGGCAAUUCAUCUGUUUUGGCGGACAAGAUUGCUCUGAAGCUGGUUGGCGAAGGAGGAUUCGUAGUGACUGAAGCUGGCUUUGGUGCCGACAUUGGGAUGGAAAAGUUCUUCAACAUAAAAUGUCGGACAUCUGGCCUGCAUCCAAAUGUGGUCGUUUUGGUUGCCACAGUGAGAGCUUUAAAGAUGCAUGGAGGUGGACCCAAUGUCACUGCAGGGACACCUUUACCUAAGGAAUACACAGAAGAGAACCUCAAAUUGGUGGAAGAUGGCUGCAGCAAUUUAAAGAAACAAAUCCAGAUUGCUUACCUGUUUGGAGUGCCUGUUGUUGUAGCAUUAAAUGUGUUCAAGACUGACACUAAAGCAGAGAUUGACAUGGUCUGUCAGAUUGCCAAGGAUGCUGGAGCUUUCGAUGCCGUGGCAUGUCACCACUGGUCUCGAGGAGGCAGGGGAUCCAUAGAGCUCGCAGAGGCAGUGAAAGGAGCCGCCAAUCAGGAGGACAACUUCCAGUUUCUCUACGACCUGGAGAUGCCCAUUGUGGAAAAGAUUAGAACUAUUGCGCAGAAAAUCUAUGGAGCUAAAGACAUUGAACUGUCACCAGACGCUCAAGCAAAAAUAGACUGCUACAACAAGCAGGGUUUUGGAACCCUACCUGUCUGUAUGGCCAAGACUCACCUGUCACUAUCGCACCAGCCUGAAAGGAAAGGGGUGCCCACAGGCUUUGUCCUGCCCAUUCGGGAUGUGCGUGCCAGCAUUGGAGCAGGAUUCAUCUAUCCUCUGGUUGGAACGAUGAGCACCAUGCCAGGACUUCCCACUCGCCCCUGUUUCUAUGACAUCGACUUGGAUCCUGACACUGAAGAGAUCACAGGGUUGUUCUGAGAUUAACUGUAGUUGCCAGAGCCCUGCAGGCUCCAUUGAAAAAACCUUUCUUCUGGCGCGCUUCAGAAAAUUCCAGUGAAUGUGAGGAAUGUGUAUUCUGCACAUCAUGUGGAUAUGAAGAAGACAGAAGACUAGACAGUUCUGUACAACCACCUUCAAGUUGUGGUAUCCAUUUAAGGGCUUUUAGUAUUGUAAUAUUUGCACCACCUGAACAAUGCCUAAGUGAUAUAUGCUAAAAGACACCAGAUGUAUUGUGGUAAACUCCUUCUACAUCUGAUAUACAAGUGCAAACAGCAAUGUCUUCACAAAGAGAUUGACAGAGGACUGUCAUAUUUGUAGUCCAAUGGGAUAUGGAAGUGAUGCUGAUUUUUCUAGAAUACGUUACAGUAGAACAUGUAUUUAAAGAAUUGACAUUCAGUUUUGGAAAACCCCACUUAGACCAAUACAAAGGGGGAUUUAACAUUAUAAUGAGGUCCUACAUUUAAUUUCAGUUUGCGUGUUCCUAGUUGUCUUAAUUACAUAUAGAAGUUGCUAUAUUCCUAUUAACAUUUAAGCAUUUUCUACUAACUCAGUCCCUUUUGGCUAACUUUCACCAUUUCACACUAGAGAUAUUGUCACUGUUUUUUAUGCCAAAUAAAUGUCUCUGGAUUUAAAUAAAGGGUAUGUAAAGGAGUUCAA